AUGUCAAUGGGUUAUAACCAAGGAUUACUAGGGGGAGUUCUCACUCUGCCCUGGUUCGAGGCCCAAUUUCCUGAAAUCGACGUGAGAAACGCCCAACCGUCAGAAAAGCAUUACAGAUCUACUUUGCAGGGUACUGUCGUAGCCUUGUAUGCAGUAGGUGGUUUCUUGGGAGCCAUCGCCUGCAUUGCGCUGGGUGAUUUGCUCGGACGUCGACGGGCUCUCAUUCUCGCUUCAGUGAUGGAAAUGAUCGGAGCUUUCCUCAUGGCUAGUUCUUUUUCUUUUUCUCAGCUUGUGGUGUCACGAGUUAUUCUAGGUCUGGGUACCGGCGCCCAACUAGCCACUGCGCCUAUGUGGCAAUCCGAGAUAUCACCAGCUACCAAGCGUGGUGCGCAUGUUGCGAACGUAGGCAUUUUCGCCGCCAUGGGUCUUACGCUGGGGUUACUCGUCGAUCUCGGGAUGUCGUAUGUCUCCAACAGUGCAAGCUGGCGUGUUCCAGUUGGUUUACCUAUCAUAUUUGGCAUAAUUGUGAUUGUGUUUACUUGUCAAAUGCCUGAGUCACCCCGUUGGCUGGUCCGGCAGGGUCGGGUCUCUGCUGCGCGUGAGGUAUUGGCAGCCCUAAGGGACACUGAAAUCGACAGUGAAGUGGUCAAUAAGGAGAUCCUGGAUGUAGAGUGUUCGCUGGCUAUUGCUGGUAAAGGCACUCUGGGCCAAAUCUUCCAAAUGGGACAUCAAAGAAUCUUUCAUCGCGCGUCUCUUGCGACAGGAGGAUUGAUGUUGUUACAAUUGACAGGUGUCAACUCUAUCACGUUCUACAAUCCACCAGGUACGACGAUUUUCCAAACCAACCUCCACCUUGACUCGACAACGUCAAGGAUUCUGGCUGUGAUCUAUCAGUUUUGCGGUGUGCUUGGUGGCAUUGUCUGCGUGUAUACGAUAGAGGGGUUUGGUCGUCGUCUCUUAUGGUUGUCCAGUGCGACGGCCAACACAAUUGCCAUGUUCCUCGUGGCUGCGCUCAGUUCUCGGUCGACAAACACCACUGCCAUGCACGCAGCUGUGGUAUUCAUUUUCAUCUUCCACGUCAGUAUGAUUGUUGGGUUUGGUGGGAUACCAUUUCUCUAUGCAUCUGAAGUGGCACCACUCAGUCUGCGUACUACUAUCAACGGUAUCGGCUCUAGCCUAUAUUGGGCUCUGAGUGUACUGGUCGCGGAGGUCACACCAAUCGCCUUCAAUGCCAUUGGAUGGAAAUACUUUCUCAUCUUUGCCUGUCUAAACUUUGCGAUGAUACCGGUUAUCUAUUUGUUCUAUCCGGAAACUGCAGGGCGGUCGCUGGAGGAUAUAGAUGAGAUAUUUAUUAUGUCCACGGGUUGGUUAGACGCUGUUCGUGUGGCCAACCAGUUGCCUCGGAAAUUAGAUGGUGGCCAGCCCGAGGGAGAUUGUCCGUUGGAGGACAAAGACAAUGGAUCGAAGGUUUGA